CCACGACAAAAUGCCCAUCCAUAUAAAUGUGCACGCUGCAUCACCAGUUCACCGGAAGCCGCCUAAAGUUACAUAUAUAUGACCUGACCACCUCAUCUCUGGUCCUCUCUACAGAACACAGAUCGAGUAUCCGACGACGACAUGGAGAUGGAGAAGAUGAUGGGGUGUCAGAUCCCGGCGUUUGGGAUGUGGAACUACUGCAAUGAUCUCUCCAUCACGCAGUACUUCGACUCAGCCAUGCAGGCCAGGCUGAUGAAGCGCUGCUGGAACCGCCGCGGCAGCGACGCCGCCGCCGCCGCCGCCGCCGUCGUGGUUGGCGAGAAAGCAGGGGUCGCCUGCGGGGACGAACAGCUUGUCUUGUUUAGGACCCCUUCGUUUCAACGCAAGCCUGCAGCCCAGAUCAAGGUGAUAAGGAGGGAAGUGGAGAAGCACUGUGACGGCAACGAGUCGCAGGACGGCGGCGGUGUGCAAGCUGACGAAGUUGUUGCAUACUCAGUGAAGCGUAAGGUUAUCAUUAGUAAAGCUGUGGAUGAGGACCUGUACAAAGUGCCCCAACCACCGAUGUACCAAAAACCUAGAAAGAUGAGAAAGGUGGUUUGGAGCAUGUGGAUUGGGUGCCUGGGUUUAGACUGCGUUGCCUGACAAACAGGGUUGUAAUUUACAUAUUUCUGUAUGCAGUCCACCAAAAAUAAUUAUCAAACCCUGUAGGGGUUGAAUGCUUUCUGUCUCUACAGUUCUGUUUAAUGUAUUCUUGGUAUCAAGAUUUUUUAUUUCUUUGUAACUUGCUACAUUUUAGGUAAUGGAAUAGAAACGUGGUCCUAUCACUACCGGAAACAAA